AUGAUGCAAAGGAAAGAACUAUACACGAACAUUACGCCCCUCCCAUCAAAUGUCCCACGACAACUAGCUCUGGACAUCCUACACAGCCACAGCGAAAUAAUCACGCUCAAUCCACUUGUACUUGAUCACCACCCGGUCCCCGCCCCUCGCACUGCUCACGCAGACGAAUAUUAUUCAACCUGGUACGAGAUCGCACAACGGGUUCAAUAUGUUCCCGGCUUCGGCAAAUUGGGGGCCGGAAAGAUAAGCUUUAAAGGCUCAUUUGAAAAUGCUGCCUGGGGACUCAAAACACAUACCUAUCCUCCGAUGGGAAUCGAUCUCAAGAGUAAUUUUCGAAUUGGAGGAAAUCAUCCUGAUGAACCACUUGAUCCGCAACGCGUACCCGAUGCACCAGCAAGUGGGCUAUAUCUUCUCGAGGAAGUCGAGAUCAAAUGCAGUAUCGCAUUGAUGUCUUUUGUGAAGAGUCAAUUAAAAGCUGCUUCGAAGGUUCUUGUGGAUCGAUUGAUUAAGAAGGCAGAGCUUCUUGAUUCAGGCGCCUUGCAGGCUAUGUUUGAAGAUGGCAAGUUGAAGACUUUCAAUCCUGCCGAUAAGUCUGAUUCUUCACGACUUCGAAGCCGGAUGAAUACAGAAUCAAUGUCGCCUACUAUGUCCUUUCCACAGUCACCGACUGGUAUAUCGCGGUGGGGAUCAUUGUCUUCUUCUCGGUCGGAAAUGCCUACCAGCUAUCAUGCUUCACCACCGGGGUAUAAUCAAUAUAGUCAGGAACUUCCAGCUAAAAGCUUUGCCACUGAGUUACCAGAUACGUCCACUGGUUAUAAAUUGCCUUUUAGGCGAUCUGGUAAAGAAUUUCCCGUUGAGUUACCUGCGAUGGAAGAGGUUCCUACUAGGAAAUAA